CUAAAAAGCCGAUGCCCUCGUUUUCCACUCAAAUUCCGAGCUGACUUUGAAAAUGCCUAUCCCCGAUCCCUGUUUCCCAGACGAGUUGGACAGAGAAUGAGCUACAUGGAGGACUGUUUCGCGGGGGCUCCGCAGGAGUUUCUCAUCUGCAUUACCGUCCACAAGGCCGUUCAAGUGGGAGUGACCUCUGGAGACUUAUAUGUGAGGAUUAGUCUGGACAAAAUGACCAAGAGUACCAAGUCGUACCCCAACACCGAGAAUCCCUUUUUCAAUGAGUACUUUGUCUUUGAGUUUCACUGCACCUUAACCGAACUCCUGCGCCUAACGAUCCUUUUUGAGCUCAAGAAGCACAUGACGUACAAGAAAAAUGUGCUGGUUGCUGAGUUGCUGGUGGAUCUGCAUAGUGUAUGGAACCAGUCCAAUCACGGCUACUUCAAGAAGUGGGGCCGCCUGGAGGCACCCAUUGGGGAACACCAAUCUCUGGAGACUACCACACAAUCUCACGGCUAUUUGCAACUCGAUCUGGCCAUUGUAUCCCAGCACAGUACGAUAAUCACUGGUCUAAGGUCUGAGGAUCAGGACAACCAAAUCCUGAACAAAUGGUCGGUGGAUCACGAUUAUGAUGACAUCGAGAAGAACCUCCUAACCAACGUGAGUUCGUUCGCUCCCAGCAACAUCCGCUACUUUGUCGCCUUUUACCGGGGUUACUUCACCAAGCAGAGCAACUACAUGAUUCAAGUAUCGUUUGCCGGCUUCAAUGGCAAAACGCCGGUGGCCAGGAACACGACGACGCCUGUGUGGAACCACGAGAUCAACUUUGCCUGGAUGUAUCCAUCGGUGGCGCAGCGAUUCCUCAUCCUUAUUUUGGCCCAAGAGCAUCUGCAGUGGAAGUGCGUGGCGGAGUACGAAGUGUCCCUCGAAGAGAUCGCCUUUAAGGCAACCCCAUCACUGGGCCCCACCUACCUUCAUCUUUACGAUCCCGUCAACCCCAUGACCUAUGUGGGUCGCCUGCUAAUGGAACUUCGUUCUGAAAUGUUAAAUGAUUCGCAACCAAAUCAUAUUUUGGAUUCAAAGACAGUGCCUGGCUUGGAUGAGUCACGUUUUUGGCUCGACGAUGUCUACCUGGUUGAGUUUCUUCCAAUACUCGGUCAACACAUCCACACAACUGCUGCCGCGUACAAGAUCUCUGCGAGAUUGGCUGAGCACAGCUCUAAUGUGCUGGAGGGUCAACUAAGUACACCUUUGGGUCGCAUUCAAUCCGCCGUCCAUACAAGAAGUUUCCGUCGAGAGGCUCCCUUUCGCAGCUGCAUGUUUCGUGUCCGUUUGCCAGACAAUCGAGCCAAGUAUGAAAGCGAUUUCUUUAUGCUGGAUUUAGUCAAUUAUAUGCGUUCUGAAUUGGAAACCUUCAAGAUCUUCCAGCUGAAGCAUCCUCUACAGGAAGAGGAGCAGGCCAAGUGCCUGAAGGCCAUUGUGGGUAACAUUUUGACCAGGAUUAAGGAGGGUCUAGAUGCCCACCGUUUCGACCACGACGUUCAACCCCAGCGCACCACCUGGGACUUUAACCGGCAACUUUACCUGCUCGACUAUUUCGCCAAACUGCCACAGGAACUGCAUCAAGUGAAACAGAAGCUGCGCAACUGCUUCUUGGAGCACCUGGAUGCCACCAUUGCUGAUGUGGUUAUGGAGCUGCAGCGUCUGGUAGCCGAAAUCGGAGGCCUUUCUAGCAUGGCUCGCACGCAGGACGAGUGGCCGGAAUUGAUCCUUUCCUUGAGUGCAGGUGGAAAGGAUUUGGGAGUUUGCCGGCUAAACGCUAAGCUCUUUUUACAUUUACAAAAUCAACAUCAAGAUACAGAUCUUCAACAGGAGACAUUGUGCUGGCGACUUAAGAGUUUCGCCUUCAAGGCCUCGAGUUGUACGCACACCUGUCCCAACUGUGGUUGCACAACGGCCAUAGUCUUGGGAUGUCUGUCCAUUGUGGUGGAACGUGAGCGAAAGGAGUUUCUCUCGGUGAUCAGUGGAGAUUGGACCAGCAUAGAACCAAUGCUGUGGCAACCAAAUCCUGCACAGACGCACUUCCUCUGCCACGUUUACGUUCACCAGGCCAAAGUUCGUCCUGGUGGCGAAAAGAAGAACAUCUGUGAUUCCCACUUGCGGAUCCUGUUCGCUGGGCAGGCAUGUGAAACUUAUACAUCCCCCGGAACACUCUCCCCCAUUUGGAAUGCUGUCAUAACAUUUAAUAAUUUGUCUCUCCCCGGGAGUGUUAAUCUAUACUUGAAGAAUCCUCCUCUUCUCUCUUUGGAGUUCUACAAUACAGAACGAAGUCUUCCCGAUGAUCUCGUGGGCAUGGGCAGUGUGCCAGUGAGCGUUAUUAGCGAGGAUCGGGCCACUGACUCCAGCUGGGAGGAUGAAGGUGGACUGGGUUGGUCCCGAAAACCCCUUCAAAAGUUGCAAAGGCUGAAACACCUAACUCCACCUCCUCUUAAAUGGGUGCCAGUAGCCAGGAAGGGUUCUGUUCAAGCAGAGGUCUUGAUGUCAGCGGAGCUGAUUGAGCUCUCAGUGGAUCCCAGUGGUCAGGAUAUAAAGAAGGAGCCAAUACUCGCCACGGGAAUUCCGUCUGUCAUUAGACCCAAUAUGCAGAACUUUGUCUUAGAGGUUUUCUUCGUCGGACUGCGCAACUACUCCAAAAGCAGCAUGAGUUCGUCGGGCAAGCGGAAGAUCAAGGUGAUGAUGGGUGACCUGGUUUUGACCAGUGGACCCUCCACAGCGCGCUUCCGCAAUUGCAUUAACUUCCUGGUGGCCUAUGCUUCGGGUGUGGUUAGUCUCCCAGAUCAGCAGGAAUACUGGCCAGCGAUCAUAGCCACCGAUGUGCUGCUCUCCGGCUUCAGCAGUGAAUCAGUUUUGGGAGCUGCGCUCAUACCCAACUCCUCGAAUUUCCUGCAACGCAACAGGAAGCUCAAGUGUGUGCCCAAAAUGGAGCAGACUUCCCGAGAAGAUUCCACCACGGUGAGUGUGGAUGAAGACGAGGAGGAGGAAGAGGAGGACGAACUGGAAUGGGAAGAGGAGGAGGCCAAGCCCACCAGGAUUAGCAACUGGUGGAUGCGAUUCAUGUUUGCUGUAGGUCUACGACCCGCUGCCUAUGCCAAUCGCCAGGCUUUGAGGAACAAUGGUGAUCUGGAUGACGGCGAAGUGAUCGAAGAACGAGAGUUCACCUGGUGGACCAAGUUCUACAACUCAAUGUACUGGAGUGCGGCGGAGAUGAGCCACGAUCAUAAGCAUCGCCUGGUCAUCUACCACGAAGAACUGGAGAAGCAGGCUCAGUUUAGUUACCUCCAGGAUUGGGCCGUGCCUGUCCAGUUGGUUCAUGGGGUGAAGUUCAAGAAGCAGGCUCCCCCCAAAGAGGAUAUCUAUGCCACCUUGAAGCUGCACCUCAAGUUGACCCCUUGUCAGUGCCCAGUGCUCGAGGAUCCCGGAGGUGGUGGAGACAUGACCCGCCCCAUGGCAAACCCAAUACAUCCGCGAUAUCAGUCCACUCUCCAGUCAUUGAAUACGAUCAUUAAGCUAAUCGUACGUGUGUAUAUAGUGCAGGGUGUGCAGAUGCGUCCUCGGGAUUUAAAAGGCGACUCCGAUUGCUAUGUGAAACUCUUUCUGGGCGGUAAAAUGAUCUCCGAUCGAGCCCACUUCUCCCCCAAUCAUAGCAAUCCGGUUUUUGGUCGUCUAUUUGAAAUGGAGGCCACGUUACCCGGUGAUCAUAUGCUGCAGAUAAUGGUGUAUGAUCAUGACAAGAUCAAGGACGAAGUGAUUGGUCAGACAGUCAUCGAUUUGGAGGAUCGCUGGAGGACGAGGCAUCGAGCCACGGUGGGCUUGGCCAACGAGUAUACACGAAGCGGCUAUAACCACUGGCACGACCUGAAGUUGCCCUCGGAAAUUCUCAUAAAUCUCUGCCAUCGGAGGGGUAUUCAGGCUCCCUACUAUUAUGGCAAUGUGAUUGAAGUGGACGGAAUGCUUUUCGGAGAUGAAACUGUAAUAUCAAAGGAUGAGGAGCUGCAAGAACGACUUAGUCUAGCAGUGCUUAAGAACAUGGAAAAGUUGCCCUCUUUUGGCUACAAGCUGGUUCCCGAGCAUGUGGAGACUCGUUCCCUUUAUCGCGAUGACUUUCCAAACGUCGAACAGGGUAAACUCCAGAUGUGGAUCGAGCUGUUCGAGGCGAACAUCUAUGUGCCCAAUCCUAUCGACAUAACCCCAGUGCCGCCAUCGGAUUUCGAGGUGCGUGUUGUGGUCAAAAAUCUGCAUGGAAUUCAGGCUGGCGACAAAAACAUUUUUGGCAAACUAAUGAGCGACAUUUACGUGAUAGGCUGGUGCGAGGAUGAGGACAAGCGCCAAACGACCGAUAUCCAUUACCGCUCAUUUGCUGGCGAUGCGGCAUUUAAUUGGCGCUUGGUCUUCGGCAUGAAGUAUUCCCCCAACGAGGACCUGAUGGUUGUUCGCCGCAAGGCCGGUCUGCUGGAGGAGAUGGAGUUCAAAAAGCCUCCGGUUAUCUAUCUGCAGGUCUGGGACAAGGAUGUGCUAUCCAAGGAUGAGUACCUGGCCGCCCUUGAGCUUAACCUCUCCAAUAUGUACGCUCCGUAUCCGAACGCCCAGCUUUGCAAGCCGUAUCCCAAAACGAGGAAGCGCAUCAAUCUCUUUAAACGCAAGGUCAUCAGCGGUUGGUUUCCGCUUCAAAAUAAUCUACAUCCUUCACAACACUCACAAGCUAAAGUUAGAAAUGGAAAAAUCCAGCUUAAUAUUGAGAUCUGCUCGGAUGUGGAGGCCUCCAAUCGACCGGCGGGUCGUGGACAGGACCCACCAAUGGCCUUGGAACCACCCUACCGGCCGGAUACAUCUUUCAACCCGCUGACGCAUCCCUGCAAGUCCCUAAGGCUCAUCCUCUGGCCCGUCAUUCGAAAAUAUGUCCUGUGGACUCUAUUUAUAUUAAUAGUUAUCCUGGGACUGGUGAUCUUCUUUUCUAAUCUGCCCGGCAAGCUAAUGACAAUCCCACUUGAGUGAGCAGUUUUUGUUUUUUUGUUGUUUGUUAGUUUCUAUUUAUAUU